CACCACACCAUGCCGUCCAGACCCCUGAUUGGUUCGGAGUCCAACCUUUCUGGGUGUAUAAAUGCCGGCAAGGUGUGACAGUUCCAAGAAACGAGAAAAGCCCAAACUGACACACUUUUGAAAAUUCAAGUCCGACUUUUCAAAAAAAAAAAAAAAAACAAUUGAAGAUGCGAACGCAGAUUCAGAAAGUCCCGCAGAUAGUGGAGCUGCUGAAGAAGAAGUCAGUGGGGCUGCAGCACUUCAAGCCAACAUCCUCCGUGUGCGUCCUGGAGCAGAAGGAUGCUGGGGAGGCUGCGCGUUGCCCGCACGCCGCCUCCGUGACGCACAGCCUGGACGCGAUCCCCGGACCCUCCAGGUGGCCUGUGGUGGGAAGUCUGUUCGAGCUCCUUUGUAGAGGAGGUCUGACCAGACAGCACGAGGCUCAGGUCCACUACCACAAGAAGUUCGGGAAGAUCUUCCGCAUGAAACUCGGGUCGUUUGAGUCGGUGCACAUCGGCUCGCCAUGUCUGCUGGAGUCGCUCUACAGGAAGGAGGGCAGCUACCCUCAGAGGCUGGAGAUCAGACCCUGGACAGCGUACAGAGACCUGCGAGACGAGGCCUACGGACUGCUCAUCCUGGAGGGGAAAGACUGGCAGAGGGUGAGGAGCGCCUUCCAGCAGAAGCUGAUGAAGCCCACAGAGGUGGUGAAACUUGACGGCAAAAUAAACCAAGUCUUGGUGGACUUUGUGAACAGAGUUGGAAGAGUGAACGUCAACGGGAGGAUUCAGGACUUGCACUUCGAGUUGAAUAAAUGGUCGUUUGAGACAAUCUGCCUUGUCCUCUAUGAUAAGAGGUUUGGGCUCCUGCAAGAUGAGGUCAACAAGGAGGCCAUGGACUUCAUCACGGCAGUAAAGACGAUGAUGAGCACCUUUGGCAUCAUGAUGGUCAUACCUGUGGAGCUGCACAAGAGCCUCAACACCAAAUUCUGGAAGGAUCACACAGCUGCGUGGGAUCGCAUUUUCAGCACAGCGAAAGUCUACAUCGACAGAAAAUUGAAGAGCAACGCCAACAGGGACCCUGAUGACCUCAUCGGUGACAUCCUUCAUCAGAGCUGCCUGUCAAAGAAGGAGCUGUACGCGGCCAUCACCGAGCUCCAGAUCGGCGGCGUGGAAACAACAGCCAAUAGUAUGCUGUGGGUCAUUUUCAACCUGUCACGUAACCCUGCCGCGCAGAAGAAGCUCCUGGAGGAGAUCAGAGCGGUGGUGCCAGCUGGUCAGGACCCUUGCAGCGAGCACCUGAAGAGCAUGCCCUACCUCAAAGCCUGCCUGAAGGAAUCCAUGAGGUUGUCACCAUCAGUCCCAUUCACAAGCCGAACUAUGGACAAAGACACUGUGUUGGGAGAUUAUGCCAUUCCCAAAGGGACAGUGUUGAUGAUCAACAGCCAUGUUUUGGCCUCCAACGAGGAGAACUUUGAAGACGCGAAAGCAUUCAAACCCGAGCGCUGGCUGCGAGAGAAUAGUACUAUCAAUCCAUUCGCCUAUGUUCCGUUCGGCAUCGGGAAGAGGAUGUGCAUCGGCCGACGGCUGGCGGAGCUGCAGCUGCAGCUGGCCAUGUGCUGGUUGGUGAGAGACUAUGAGAUCGUGGCAACGGAUGACAAGCCACUCGAUGUGAUCCAUUCAGGACUUUUGGUUCCUAAAAGAGAACUUCCUGUCGCCUUCAUCAAGAGAUGAGGAUCCACAUCCAUACUUUUCUGGACACGCCCUGAUGAUCCAGUGACUCCUUAUGUUGCUGCUGCUCUGUAAAUAGAACUUAAAAUUAAUCUAUAUUUUAAUCCCUCAUUAAAUACCUCACACUUAUUUAAAACUGUGUCUCCUGAAUGACCAACAAGAAGACAAAAAAAUAAAAAGUAUAAAGUGAAUGUUCUGAUAUUCUCACCACUCAUAGUUGAAAUAGGUCAUAUUUUUCAUUUUGUAAAUAAAGUCAAUGUGUAUUAUGAUGUAUAUUGUUUUACAUAUUUUAUUCAAUAAAAUAAUAGACGAAA